UCACAAGUUCUAAUCCACUCUCAACUAACAAACUAAACUAGCAGACAAAUUCAGCAAUCCCAGCAUCUCCUCCCAACAUACGUAGCCAGAUACCCUUCUCUUUCAUCUUAUUCAUAAAAACAUAAGUUAUAACAAAACAAUAGUGCUUAAUUCUCUUUCCUUUUUCCAACUAAGUCGGUUUUCAUAUCCGAUGAUGACUUCUUUAAUUCAUUGUCCUGCAACUUCACUCUCUACAACCCGACCUGGAGAUUCUGUUGCCUUCUUUGUUCCCUCCCGUUUUACUAAGACCCGUAGCUACAAGCCUCGAGUUCGUUGUUCUUUGGAUUCUAAUGUUUCCGACAUGAGUACCAACGCACCAAAAGGACUAUUUCCUCCGGAGCCUGAACAUUAUCGAGGACCGAAGUUGAAAGUUGCUAUCAUUGGAGCUGGGCUUGCAGGCAUGUCAACGGCAGUCGAACUCUUGGAUCAAGGACAUGAGGUGGAUAUAUACGAGUCAAGAACUUUUAUUGGUGGCAAAGUUGGUUCUUUUGUUGAUAAACGUGGAAAUCACAUUGAAAUGGGAUUGCAUGUUUUCUUUGGUUGCUACAACAAUCUUUUCCGACUAUUGAAAAAGGUGGGUGCGGAGAACAAUCUACUUGUGAAGGAUCACACUCACACCUUUGUAAACAAAGGGGGUCAAAUUGGAGAACUAGAUUUUCGCUUCCCAGUUGGGGCUCCAUUACACGGGAUAAAUGCAUUUUUGACCACAAAUCAGCUUAAGACUUAUGAUAAGGCUAGAAAUGCUGUGGCUCUUGCACUGAGUCCAGUUGUCAGAGCUCUUGUUGAUCCAGAUGGUGCAUUGAGGGACAUAAGGAAUUUGGAUAGUGUUAGCUUUUCAGACUGGUUUAUGUCCAAAGGUGGCACACGCACAAGUAUUAAAAAAAUGUGGGAUCCAGUUGCCUAUGCCCUUGGGUUUAUUGACUGUGAUAAUAUCAGUGCCCGUUGCAUGCUUACCAUAUUUGCAUUGUUUGCCACAAAAACCGAGGCUUCCCUUUUGCGGAUGCUGAAGGGUUCACCAGAUGUUUAUUUGAGCGGCCCUAUCCGGAAGUACAUCACAGAUAGAGGGGGCAGGUUCCAUCUAAGGUGGGGAUGCAGAGAAGUACUUUAUGAUAAAUCUGCUGAUGGGAGCACUUAUGUUACAGGACUUUCCUUGUCAAAGGCUACUGAGAAGAAAAUUGUGGAAGCCGAUGCUUAUGUUGCUGCCUGUGAUGUCCCUGGAAUUAAAAGGUUACUCCCAUCAGAGUGGAGGGAAAAGGAGUUUUUCAAUAACAUAUACGAACUUGUUGGAGUUCCUGUGGUCACAGUGCAACUCAGAUACAAUGGUUGGGUUACAGAGUUGCAGAAUCUAGAACUGUCAAGGCAACUGAAGAAAGCUACUGGGUUAGAUAACCUUCUCUAUACUCCCGAUGCAGAUUUUUCUUGCUUUGCAGACCUUGCACUCGCAUCUCCUGAAGAUUAUUACAUUGAGGGACAAGGAUCAUUGCUCCAAUGUGUUCUGACGCCAGGAGAUCCAUACAUGCCCUUGCCAAAUGAAGAAAUUAUUUCGAGAGUAGCAAAACAGGUUAUAUCAUUGUUCCCAUCAUCUCAAGGUUUAGAAGUGACUUGGUCAUCCGUUGUUAAAAUUGGACAAUCUCUGUACCGUGAGGGACCUGGUAAAGAUCCAUUUAGACCUGACCAAAAGACACCAGUGAAAAAUUUCUUUCUUUCUGGCUCUUACACAAAACAGGAUUACAUAGACAGCAUGGAAGGUGCAACCUUAUCUGGUCGGCAAACUUCAGCCUAUAUCUGUGAUGCGGGGGAAGAAUUGGUGGCAUUGCGGAAGGAGCUUCUUGCACAGUCUAAAGACGACAUUAAAUUUACAAAUACUAAAGAUGAAUUGAGUCUAGUAUAAGAGGAAUUUACGGAUAAGGUAGUCAAGUUAUAUGAAAUUUGCAGGAAAGGUAGUCACGUUAUAUGAAGUAAUCCUGUUCUUUGUGCGUGUAACAUUUUAUGUUGUAUAUUUAAUCCAAACGCAAUUAUAAAAUUGUUAGUAUUGCAGCAAGUGGUGUUGUUUA